AUGGCAUCAUCGCCUUCGGAACUAAGCCUGGACUGCAAGCCCCACAGCUACUCCAUGCUCCUCAAAUCUUUUGGAGACCUGCAGGCGUCUCAUCACCAUGACCAGUCUCAGACUCAGAAGCUUGAAGAGUUCCUCUCCCGCCUUGAAGAAGAACGUCUCAAGAUUGAUGCUUUCAAGCGCGAGCUCCCUCUUUCCAUGCAACUCCUCACCACUGCGGUGGAGGCUUCAAGGCAGCAGCUUCAAGCUUACAGAGCAAAUAUUCAAGGGCCAAAUAGGCCAGUGCUUGAAGAAUUCAUACCUCUUAAACAUUCACCGACUGAAGGCUCAGAAAAAACUACAAACACCACUUCUGAUAAGGCAAAUUGGAUGACCUCUGCCCAACUGUGGAGCCAAGCAAGUGAUCAUAUCAAUGCAACCAAACCCCAGUCCGUAACAUCCCCAAAAGAAACCGAUAUCGGCUUUAGUGUCAGCCCCAAGCUCGGCUUAGACGCCAAGCAGCACAGAUCCUAUGGAGGAGGAGCUUUCCAUCCAUUUUCCAAAGACCGCAACUCUUGCCCAAGCCCAACUUUGCGGCCUCUCCCAGAGCUGGCUCUUGCCUCCCCAGAGAACAACAAGGCAGCAGAGAUGUUAAUGGAGGACAAGAUCAUCAAGUCAUGUAAUAAUUCCGAGACCACCCAUGAGAAUGGAAUGAUUAAUUCAUCAGCUAAUAAUGGCAAUUGUAGUGAACAAGCUAAAUUAUUAGCAACUGGUGGAAUUAAUAAUUCAAAUAUAUCAGAGGGGCAAACACAGACAACAACAACCACAGCCACCAACAAUCAAUCUCAAUCUCAAACUCAUAGGAAGGCAAGGAGGUGUUGGUCUCCUGACUUGCACCGGCGGUUCGUUAGUGCUCUUCAAAUGCUUGGUGGUUCUCAAGUGGCGACCCCGAAACAGAUCAGAGAGCUGAUGAAGGUUGACGGUUUGACCAACGAUGAAGUUAAAAGCCAUCUGCAGAAGUACAGGCUCCACACAAGACGACCGAGCCCUAGCCCACAAGCAGCCGGAGGCCCAACGCCUCAACUGGUAGUCCUAGGUGGCUUCUGGGUCCCGCCAGAGUAUACCAACGCUGCACACAAUGGCCCCACAGCCCUUUACAGCCCACACCCUGGCUCUCAUGCACCAACUCACUAUUGUGCAACCCCAAUGCCCCAAGACUUCUACACCACGCCCCCACCGCAGCAAUUGCACCACCACCAGCUCCACGUGUACAGGGCUUCCACUACCUCCAACACUCACAGCUCCCCCGAGUCCGAUGGCCGAGGGGCCUGCGGACGGUCGGAGAGCAUCGAAGAUGGCAAGUCCGACAGCAGCAGCUGGAAGGGUGCAGAGAGCGGUGGUGAUCAGAUGAACGGAGGCGAUCAUAGAAAAGGAGGGGUGGCUUCGAGGAGAUCAGAAGACGCUGAGGACAGUAAUGGAAGUCAGAUCACGCUCAAGUUCUGA